AUGGCAUCCUACGGCAGGCAGACAUGGGACUCCCAUGGAACGAUUCAGUUGCUCAAGGAGAGUGCCAGAAGGCUCCUGGGCGAAGAGAAUGCCAUGACCAAAGGACUAGGCAGAUUCGAGAAGGAAGUGCUCCAGGUGGAGAAGCCACGUUCGGACAGUUUUGGAUGCAUUAAGGCAUCCUGGAACAUGAUAGUCGAAGACUUUACCAUGGCGAUUGGUCUGCCAUUGACCACAGCAUGUGGGCAGUUUACUGACUACUGUCGCAUUCUCAAGGCAGAUCGCAACAGGAACCAAGUCACCAGUACUAAGGCUCGGGAUUCCAUUCACCAGUACAUUGCAGAGCUUUGCAUAGGACCUGCAAAAGCAGCAAUGUCAACGUUCACGAAUGACGAGAUCAAGUCACAAGUUCUGGAACUACCGGUUGAAGCAUUUAUUGGAAGCUUGCAGCUACCCCCAAGCGGUGACGAAGCUGCUCAGAAGAAGCUUCAACGAGUUUUGAUUGAAGCAGCAAAGACCAAGAGAUUAUUGGAGGAUCUAGAGAUCUUCUUCAAGGAGCUGCAAGAUGCUGACGAAUACACUCUUUAG